CCGAGCUGCUGUCCGUUACCCACCCCGUUGAUAACGACGACGAUGUCCUCGCCUGCUUCCACCGCGACCCUCAGCCCCAGCCCGUCGCCGCCCUCUGCGCGCCACGCUGCGUCCCUUGUGGACCCUGCGCGCCACUCGCCCGCGAUGACACAGCUCAUCGACGUCCGUCUCACUAAGCCCGUCGUCCAGUAUCUGAUCGACACCGUCGUCGAUGCCGUCGACUUCGCGAUGGGCCGCUCCCCGCGGAGCCACGUGCGCUUCCGCGCCUCGUUCACGACCUUCGUCAACGACGUGCUCACGCGCGCCGAGGUCGCCCCCGCCACCGUGCUCGCGGCGCUCGUCUACAUCGCCCGCGCGCGCGCCCAUCUGUCCAUCGCGCUCGAGGAGUGGGCGCUCGAGCGCGUCUUCCUCGGCGCGCUCAUCGUCGCGUCAAAGUACACCAACGACUCCACGCUGAAGAACGUCCACUGGGCGCUCUGCACGGGCGUCUUCGGCAAACGGGACGUGGGCCGCAUCGAGCGCGAGUUUCUGGAGGUGCUCGACUGGGAGCUCGGCAUCAGGGAGGCCGACCUGAUGGCGCACCACACCGCGUUGGUCGCGGUCGCCUUCCCGGGCGGCGACAAUGACAAACAAGCGCUGUCCGUCCCCGCAUUCACCCGCAAACACACCCGCGCCUCGUCCGUCCCGGAGCUCGCACCGAGCUCGCCGGUGUCCUCCGCCGGCUCGCUCUCCCCCGGGCCCGCGCACACCCGCCCAUUCGCCCCCCGCACCCCGCCCCUCCUAUCGAUAUCCACACCGCCAAAGAAAUCCCCACCGUUCCCGCCCCCCGCCCCGGCGCGCCGCUGCGGGAAGCUGCACGGGCUCCUCCGCGCGUUCCCGCUCCCGCUGCCCCGCCACCAUCACCGGCUACACGUCGCCACGUAG